UUCAUUAAUCACGGGACCACGCCAUUACAGCUCCAGAGGCAGCAUUUUUUGCACCGUGAUUAAUAUGUUCCCUUGAAGCUUUUCCCGAGCAGGUAAAGUGUUCGAAGAAGUUCAGAUGUUAACUCGCUCUCUGUCAAAGAGUGUCCUCGAAAACAUGCCAGUGAACAACAACCAGACAGGACAGAGUGCCGCUACCAGGUUGGCCUCUCUGCCUGUGGUUCGAUCAGCUUGUGCCAAACUGUCAGUCUUGUACGUUGACACUAAAUGCAGCCAUCCCAGCCUGAAGUCAGCGUGUGACCUGUUGGAGAGCAGCGUGACAGCUUUGGGAACAGCGGCCUGUAACAGAGUUUCACCUGUCGUCGUUAAACUGGAGCCCCAGAUUUCCAUUGCAAAUGAUGUUGCCUGCAAAAGUCUUGACUGGCUGGAGACUUCGUUUCCCAUCCUCCUGUCACCUACAGAACAGACAUUUCUGCUCUGGAUUUAUCUCCAGAUUGUUGCCACUGCCAAGAACAAAAUGCACGAGAUCCAGGAUGUGGUGAGCAUCGCAGCCAAUGGCACUAAGGAGGUUGUGCAGCACACAGUCACAUGGGUGGUGAGCAGGAUGCAUCAGGCUGACGAUGGAGCGAACCGUUCGCUCAUGAAGAGGGCGAUCGGAGCAACCAGUGAGGGGCUGGACUCUGCCCUGAGUCUGUCAGAGGCUCUGAUGGACCAGCUGCUUCCCCCCACCGAAUACGAAACAGAAGAAGCCCAUCUGGUGGAGGGGUUUGAAGCUGCCACUCCCAGUGGACGUUACUCUGCUCGAUUAGUCUCACUGGCUGCCAGACUGUGCAGGAGGAGCUGCCAGGUAGUAGGAUCCAGGUUUCAGUGUGUUCAGGUUACGGAGACUUUAUCCAGAUCUUCAGCUCUGGUUCAGGACCUUCAGGCCAGCUUGGUGACCAUAGUCUGGAUACUCCAAGGCCUGCCUCAGUACCUGCAGCAUCAGGCUGUGUCUGUGUUUUUCUUUAUCUCUCAGAUGUAUAACGUCACCUGCCCACCGUUGCAACAGAAGCAGUCCAAUAAAGCCAGAAAUGGUCUCAGCGCUGCCGAGGCCUCUUCCCUUCAAAAGGAUGUGGACCAGGUUCGCCAGCAGCUUGGACCAACCUGCCGAAUGAGGCCUACCAAGAGGUCCGUCUUUGAAAGCGGGUGUAACGUUAAGGGGUGUGUGCGUCGCUGAUAUGUGUCUUUGAUAUAUAUGGAUUUGUGUGCUACAUUUCUGCAUCAGUUUUGUAAAACUAAAUAAAAGUGAAGAUUCAUUAGCUUC